CUCAGCCUCCGCCUGCUCGGCCCACUCCUCAACAGCAUCUGCCCACCACCACCUCAACCUCCAAUGCCACCACCAGCAGCAGCAACCACAACAGUAACAGCAAUAAUGAUCAGCAGCAGCAGCAGCAACAACAACAACAGCAACAGCAGCACUCAGCUGUAAGUUCUCAAUCUAACGGCAACGCCAACAGCGGCAGCAGCAGCAAUAGCAGCGCCGCCAACUCCAAUAGCAACAAUAAUUAUACGCGUCCUUGGGAAAUGGAUACCAAGGACCAUCACAGCCACAGCAGUACAUUGAAGAGUGCAGGUCUCGGCAAUGGAGGCGGCAACGGUCCCGGUAAUGGCAGAGAACAUCUUGGAGGAGCCGGCGGCUUCGAGCCCUUCUCCAAGCUGCCCUCUUUCCAAAGUCAAUUUCAUGGCUACAACGACCCGCUCAUGUCCGAUGGCAUUGCGGCCAUGGCUUCGUCGGUGCUACCGCCGUCAAUGUCCUCACUCCAGACGGUUGCCAUGUCACCAGCAAGCAUUUCAGUCAGUUCGCCAGGUAUGGUAAGUGUGGGUUCACCAUUGACGCAACUAUCUGGCUUGCAGGCGAGCAUUACACCACCUUCAUCUGCCACAGCCGCGUCGUCGUUUGCCCCGCUUGGUGCACCUCCACCGCCAAAUACAUUUCAUCAUUUGGGCGCAGUAAACACGCAUGGACAUCACCGAAGCAGUGCCUCUUACGCGCCGCUAAUGCCCACUAAUACCGGUGCUAUGGGCAGCUAUGGUUCAAGUGGCGCGCUGGACGACGGACGUCAUCAUCUGCCUUUAUACCAGGCACUUACGCCCACUUAUGCUACCCCGCCGGCACCAAGUGCACUUGCGCCUAUCUCGUCGCAACAUACACUCGGUGGAUUGGGAGGAAUCGGUGCGUUUAGCGGUGUUGGUAAGAAAGAUACCACUCAGACAUAUGAUCUCAAUAACGGCAACGGUGGUCUCACACUGAGCGCAGCGACUAUCAAUACAGCUAAUACCAAUGUUACACCGAUGGGGAUGCACACACCAACCACGCCUUCAUAUGUAGAUGGUAGUGGCGGUGUUACUAUGAUGGAUACAUCAAACGGAGCUUCUGGAUAUCACACGCCACACUCCACCCAUGCUGGUAGUUCCAGCGGUGCUGGUGCUGGCGCUAGUGGGCCACAUACACCACAUACUCCGCAUACGACGCAACCGCAUACUCCUACUCCCUCCACCACCACGCAAAUCAAGGUCGAGAAGGUACUGAAUUCGCCUAUUGCGCGGGUGGAUGCGAGAAAAAAGGAACGACGGAAAAAUCGGGCGAAUUCGCUCGAGUCCAGCGCCGAGUCUGAGGCAAGUGCUAUGGAUGUUGAUCCCAGCAAUCCCGGACAAGUGGAUGCGGUCUCGAGCACGGCCAACUUCAAAAGUCCACUGAGCGCGCUGGGAAUGGGCGAUAGUAACGACACCAACAGCGACAAACAGUCGAAGAAAAAACGCAAAAGGUGCGGCGAAUGCAUCGGAUGUCAACGUAAGGACAAUUGCGGCGAGUGCGCUCCUUGUCGCAAUGACAAAAGUCACCAAAUUUGUAAGCAGCGACGUUGCGAGAAGCUCACUGAGAAGAAGGAACCCAAAGCCAAACAAGUAUGUAACGCAUGAUUUUAUUCUAUUUUAGUUAAUAUACAAUAUCAUACUAUAUUAAUUAAUUACGAGUGGAUAAUAUCUACAAUCUCAAAGUCGUAAUACUGCGGUUGAAUU